UUCUUUGGGCCUGGUGACACUUUGCAGUACCGUGUCUGGAUAAGGCUGAGAAACCCUUUUGCCUCACUGCCCAGCUUCUACCUCCCAGCUCAGCAGGUGCCUUUGACUUUGCUGAUGGACUCAUGGCAGACGGCUUCUCGCAUGUACCAGUGCUGUGAUUCCUCUGUGCCCUCUCUCCCAGGUAAACUUCUGGACCUGAGAGAUGUCCUGCUACAACCAGUGCCAGCCCUGCCAGCCCUGCGGCCCGACUCCACUGGCCAACAGCUGCAAUGAGCCCUGCGUCAGGCAGUGCCAGAACUCCACCGUUGUCAUCCAGCCCUCCCCAGUGGUGGUGACCCUGCCUGGCCCCAUCCUCAGCUCCUUCCCGCAGAACACCGUUGUGGGCUCCUCCACCUCCGCUGCUGUUGGCAGCAUCCUCAGCUGUGACGGAGUCCCCAUCAACUCCGGGUGCUGUGACCUCUCCUGCAUCACCAGCCGCUACUGUGGCAGAAGGUGCCCCCCCUGCUAA